AUGAGCUUCCAGCAGCAAUACGACCAGUACCAGGGCCAGCAGCCCGGCGAGCAGGGCCCCAACCCCAACGUCUCGCAGACCGACCUUGGCCAGCCCAUGGACCAGUCCGGCGGCUUCCCGCCUCAGGGCAACAUGGGCCCUCCUGGCAGCGCUGGCCCCGACGGCAACGGCCAGGGCGCCGGCAAGACCACCCUCUGGAUGGGUGAGCUUGAGCCCUGGAUCGACGAGAACUUCGUGCGCAGCAUCUGGUACAACAUGGGCGAGACGGUCAACGUCAAGAUGAUCCGUGACAAGUUUUCUGGCAGUAACGCUGGAUACUGCUUUGUUGAUUUCGUCAGCGCCGACGCUGCGUCCAAGGCCCUCAGCCUCAACGGCCAGCUUAUCCCCAACUCCAACCGUCCCUUCAAGCUCAACUGGGCCUCCGGCGGUGGCCUUGCUGAUCGCAGCCGCGAUGAGCGUGGUCCCGAAUACUCCAUCUUCGUCGGCGACCUCGGCCCUGAGGUGACUGAGUUCGUUCUCGUGCAGCUCUUCCAGAACAAGUACACCUCCACCAAGUCUGCCAAGAUCAUGUCCGACCCUAUCAGCGGCAUGUCGCGCGGCUACGGGUUCGUGCGCUUCGCCAACGAGGAGGAUCAGCAGAAGGCUCUCACUGAGAUGCAAGGUGUUUACUGCGGUAACAGGCCCAUGCGCAUCAGCACCGCAACCCCCAAGAACAAGAGCGGCGGCCCUGGCGGCCCUGGCGGCAUGAACAUGCAGCAGGGUGGCGGUGGCCCGGGCAUGGGCAUGUACUCCAUGGGCGCUCCUCCUAUGGGUUACUACGGCGCUCCCCAGCCUAUGAACCAGUUCACAGACCCCAACAACACUACCGUGUUUGUCGGUGGCCUGUCUGGUUACGUUACCGAGGAUGAGCUCCGUUCCUUCUUCCAGGGCUUCGGCGAGAUCACUUACGUCAAGAUUCCCCCGGGCAAGGGAUGCGGUUUCGUACAGUUUGUGCAGCGCCACGCCGCUGAGAUGGCCAUCAACCAGAUGCAAGGCUACCCCAUCGGUAACUCGCGUGUCCGCCUUAGUUGGGGACGUUCGCAGAACAACUCUGGCCCGGCUGGCACUCCUUACCGCCCAGCUCCUCCCCCACCAGUCUUCGGCCCUGGAAUGGGCAUGCCCCCUCAGCACCCCGGAUACGGUGGUGGUUUCGCUCCUAUGAAGGUAAGAAGCCUAGCAGCCCCUCCUUACGAGCAACAAUAUACUAACAACUUGAUAUAG